CUGGCGGCGCAACUGGCGCAAGUUGGGCGCAACGUAGCGUCAGACGUUUAAACCCUGUCACUUUUUACAAUUUUCUAAUAGCGCGUUGUAUUUGAUUCUACCGAACGAAACGCUUUUGUUUCCAUUUACAACGAUAUUUAACCACAAGCAGAGAAACAUGCCGAGAAAGUUCGUCAACCACAAAGGCCGCCACCGCAAGUUCACGAAUCCUGAGGAGCUCGAACAGGAUCGUAAAAAAGAAGAGGAGAAGCGGAGAUUGCGAGCUCAGAGAGGUGUUGAUGAAGUCACAUCAAGCGAAGAAGAGGAUGAUGCAGCUGGUGAUAAAGGUUCAGGCUCAGAGAGUGAAGAAUCCUCCAGUGAGGAGGAAGGCAAAGCGAAGGGCGUAUCAAACCUAAUCGAAAUUGAGAACCCCAACCGAGUGCAAAAGAAGACGAAGAAGGUGACGAACACGACGAAAACGGAGGACCUGGCCGACAAGCCGCAGCUAUCGCGACGCGAACGUGAAGAAAUCGAGAAGCAGCGAGCGCGCGCCCAUUAUCAGAAGCUACACGCCGAAGGCAAGACGGAAGAGGCUCGCUCCGACCUGGCGCGACUCGCUAUCAUCAAGCAACAGCGUGAAGAUGCUCAGCGAAGGCGCGAGGAAGAGAAGAAAGUGAAAGAAGACGCCGUCAAACAGAAGACAGCUCAGACGCAAAAAGCCUUAGGCAAGAAGUAAUCUAUUAAUUCUACACGUUUUUAUUAUGUCGUUUCGCAUUAUUGGUUUUGUAUCGCGAUAUCUUCGGACUCACGGAUACAGAACGCCCGAAACACAUCGAUGGCGAACUACGUUUGCGCUGAAUAAGCAAUCGUCACACCAGAAAUCUUUAGCUCCUCUAUUUUUAGCGUCUUCUUUUGUCAUUUUAAGAACUCAUUUAUAUGAUGUACGAGAUGAUUUACCGUUUCAACCAUUAAUAAAUUGAUCGUAAGGGUUGUACAAUACUA